AAAUUUGUUCUUUGUUCAAGCGUUGCCUGAAAAUCAAUAAUUUGCCUCAAUAGUUCGAUUUGUCUUAUUCAAUCCAUUGUUUAAUAAGUUAUUAAUUAUUUGGCCAUACGUGUCUGUACAAAUUGUAGAACUAUUCCGUUGUUUCGAUUCCUUUCAAAACCUUGCUUGCAAGAAAACUUAACAGUUGAAGCAGUGUCGAAGUCGAAAUAUUGGGGCAACAAGAAGCGAACCAACACAGAUAAUCGUAAGAAGAACAACGUAAAAAAUGCUUCAAUUCUUCCCAUGAAUUUGCCAUUAAACAGGUAAAAAUAAAAGAAAGAAGAAAGAAUUGUAAUGCAAUUCCCAUUUCAAAAAGCUUCUCAAUUCAUUGAAUAACAUCCAUGUUCCUUUUAUCAUUAUUUCCCAUGGAGGGCUCCAGGCUGUGUGUAAUGAUCUACAAGUUACUGUUGAUUAAAACCGAUAUCUGAUUAUUCUUGGAAUAAUGAUGUUUGUGCAAAAAACGUUGAAAGCCAUUCAGCUGAAUAUAUCAUUACGUCGUCUUGCGAAGGCUAAGAGAAGAGCUGUGAAGUUACAUGAAGAAUGUUGUAUCCGUAAAAAAGAGAACUUAAAGCCAGGUAGCUACUAUGAACAGUUCUGCUCGUUGUCGUUAUGGUUCCUGUUUGGUUCUAUAGUUAAUCUUUUUCUUUAUUUGGUGUUAAUCUAUCAUGUUGAAACAACCUUAUGGACAGCGGUCAUAAUUUGUUUUUGUGCUGGGUUUGUGCUUUGUUUAGUUUUACCAUACUCGGUGGCCGUUCGCUGUACGAUCCUUUUGGCUGCCCCGGGAUUUUUCACAAGCAAAGGGCGAUCGUUUCUGAUUCUGUAUGCUUUCAUGCUCACUCUGAAUCAACCAGUGGCCAAUUUUAGUAACAACAUUGUCGUGAUGACCGAGGCAAUGACUUGCGGCCAAGAAGUUGCCUACAAUCAAACAGAGAGACUUAUAGCCAUCGCUUUAAAUCCUUUAUCUGGGAUUAUCGGUGGGAUUGAGGAGUUUGUGAAUACAAUCAAUCGCUACAGUCGUAUGGCACAGCAAGCAUUUCUGUCAAUGAAGAAAGGAAUCGAAGAACUAGUUGCCUCAAUAAAUAAUAUCUUUUCUUGGCUUGGCAACAUAGUGAAUGUUUGCAAUGAAAGGAUGCUCGACCCUUUUAGAAAAUGCACGAGGGCUUUUAAAUUGGCUCGUAAUAAUUGUGUUAGGACGGUGCUACCAGAAUUUGUGAAAUUGUGCAAUAUUGUAACCUUUUUUAAAAGUAUAUGUCACUUAGCAAGAAUUGGCGAAAUGUUAUGUUCUCUUACUGAAGUACUCAAGAAGCUUGUGCUUCGAACGUUUGCCGCUCCAGUUAGCAUUGCAAUUCAGAAUUUAUAUGACAUGUUCUACUUUAAAAUAAAAAUCGAUUACGAAUACCAAGUGUCUAUGGAGCAGACGAAAAGUUACAGUCAAGUGAAAAAAGAUGUGCUCCGUGAAGUCAAAGAAAAACUGAGCAUGUAUUUUACAAAAUUGGAAUUCAUCAAAUUUGUCACAGACUUAAUGCUAAUUAUUGUGUUCGUAAAAGCUUAUCGUUAUAGAAUUAAAUACCUGAGUAAAGAUAAAUUUGAUAAUAUUUACAUUUCGAAAAAUUUAUAUGAUAUUGACUAUAUAAAAGGGAUUCAGUCGAAAGAGACACUACUUCCAUUGAAGAGAUCUGAGAAACAAAACUAUAUUAGUUCCACUUCGUUAAGGCUAACUUGUCAAGAGAAACGAAAAUUCUGUAAAGGCUUUGUUUUCUUUUUAAUUACUUCUUCCACCAUACUUUUCCAUUUAUUUUGUGAUUAUGGCCUCUUCUGGAUCCUGGAACUAGUGCGCAAGAGUUUUUCAAUGAAAGUUGACGUCGAAGAACUGUCACAUGUUCAAGUACAUGUUAGUGGCAAAGGGCCGUAUGCAGACAUGUAUAAAUCUCUGAUAUCCAUUUUUGGUCCCUUGGCAAGCAAUGAUGUGAAAAACCUUACUCUUUGUCUCCCUAAUCCAACUGAACCCAAUUACGAAGUAUACAAAACCAUCAGCAUGAUUAUGGGCUUGUGCCUAAUAUCAGUGGUUUUUGAAGGCUACGGGCGACGACUACGCCAUAUUGUCUGUGAUGAAUUUUAUCCAGUUCGUGCCAAAGAAAGAGCAGUGUGGCUCUAUUCUAAUCUCUUGGUACAACGGGGGAGUCUAGAAAAGUUUCUACGGCGGAAAAUGCGUCUUGACUAUCGAAGUUCUAUGGAUGCAAAAAACAUCAGCUGGAAAGGUAAACUUGCAGCAAGAUGUCCUCCGGUUCGGCGAUUACUUGAGAUUCUGGGGUUUGAAAUCAAAUAUUGUUUAGGAUGCAGUGCAGAUGGUAAAAUAAGUGACAGAGUGAACUUCAAACAUUGUGAGAAUGAAAGCUGUAAGGCUGUGUAUUGUUUGGAUUGUUACUAUGAUAUCCACAACACUUGUACGGUGUGUAUGAAACCAAUUGAUUAUGCUGACUUGUCUGAUGUGAGUGAUGAGAGAGACUCCAGCGAGUGUGAUGCUGAAAAUGCUUACCAAUCUGAGCAGAAUAAGAAGAAAUUACAGGCAAAAGUUGCCAUGGAACAAGAAAACAUUGCAAGGAACAACCGUCUUCAACGACGUAAAUCUCAAGCAAUUCUGCAGAAAGCUUAUGACUUGAUAAUGAUGGAGUACAGACCUUUAAAAGAGAGAACCCGAUGCAAUUACAGGUAUAGAUGAGAUGGUCAUAGCAGCUAAACUAGACAUAGAAAUUGGAAGUGAUACCUUUAUUCCUAUUUUUUUAUAAUUUUAGACAAGAUGAUAAAAAAUGAAAUAUCAUUUGCAGUGGAGUGAUUUCAAGUUAUGGAAAUAUACGUUUGAUUUACAGUCUUUUAGCGGAUUAUAAAGUGAAGCCCUGUAAAAACUAAAUCAGAAAAAAAGGCCACAAAGGUACAAUAUCAAGGUAUCUGAUGUUGUUUUAAAUUGACUGUAAACUUCAUAAGAUCUAAAAUUCAGUUUACAGUAUAUUACCUGUUCUUUGACAGAUAUAUGUCAUUAACAGAAAUUAUCCAAAUUGGAAAACAAGCUUUCCAUUUCUGUUGUUGAUGAGUCCCCCACCACCCACAUAGCUUCAGACUAAAAUACAACCAGGAGGAAAUAACAGGUUGAAACCAGUUAAUUCUUUCACUUUUUUUUUUUUUUUUACAAUUUUCCCCUGUAAAUUAAUUCUUCAAAUUAAACCCGAAGGAAUAUUUUAUUUAGCCCAGGCACACAUACAUGCUUACACUUGUAUGUUGGUACAGGCCUGGGAGAAACGGAAUGUUCUGAUGAGAAUUUAUCUUGUUGAUUCUCCUGUAAGAUCCAGAGAAGCACAUGAACUGUAACACCGACAAAAGAGUAAAAACAAUUUGAGGAGAAUAAACAUUGUAUGAUUACCA